AUGACUACUGAUUCAUAUCCCGAUGAACGUGAUUUUCAACCGCAUGUACUUGAACCUGGAGACCAAGACUCGCCAUAUGCUCCCACUCCAGGAUACUACGGUCGCACACCUGCAUCAAGCUGUGGGCUCAGCCCUUCCCCCGACUAUCACUCCGAGCACGAUCUAGAAGACCUGUGCCAACACGAGCCCGAAAGAUCCAGACUGCUUCAGCUAUCCGAGUGGCACGAUGGGAUGCUAAGCGACGAGCUUCCGGCAAACUGCAUCCAAUAUACAAUAGAAUGGAAAGUUACAGUGAAUAAGAAGGUGCUCUCGCGAGACACUGAAGAGGAUGUAGUCCUGACUCCGAGUGCUUAUUGGCCGAAGACCCUGAAGGGUAAGCUUGAGAGGUUGUUAGAAGGAAAGAUCCCCCGUAAAGGAAGGGUAAGGUCGGACGACACUUCGAUCGCUGUAUCGGUGAAUGAUCGAUCCCAACGCGACCUGAUGAAACGGUUUGACCAUCUCGAUAUCGAUUGGACUGCUGUUGAAAAACAGCUGUUGAAGUGGGGCGAACUGUUUUGUCGAGGCAAGAAGUUGAGGCUAAAGUCGAGAAAAGAGGAAGGCCAUCGGUCACUAAACGAAUGCUCAACGAGCCGAGACGCUCAACUGGAUGCCGAAGAAAACGUGUCCGGGCAAGAAUCGAUAUGGCGGGGUGUUUACAACCUAAUGCGUUGCCCAUCCUCCUCAUGCCAUCUCGGCCCACAUUGCUGGCAAGACCCCCACGGAAAGAAGCACUAUAGAUUGAGGAGCCAUCAAUUAAAGCGUUUGAUUGCCUUUGUGGAGAAAGGCGGCGCCUUGCUGUCUCAUGAGGAUGUCCCGGAUAAUUUCCGUGAGGAACUAUAUAUGGAAGAGCGGCAUAGACUGGAGAGCCAACAAUCUCAGAAGAACAAGAUGGUAGGCACCCCAGGAAGCUGUCAGCCUAUCAACAUCAACUUCAAUGGGAUGCAAUCUUCCCCGCAACAAGACACGUCCGACCCAACCACAGCCUCAGCAGUGGUUCUGCCACCCAAUGACCAAGCCAUGGAAGGCCUUAAUCUUACUGGGCUAAGAGAUGAAGCUGUCAAAGAUUACGGCGCAUGGCAUGAAUCGAAUGUUGGUGACGAGAAUCUGAAAGCACAGUUUCGGCAAGCAUGCAAUGUGGCGUUAGCCAAUGGUCUUGAUCUUAGACUGAUUUACGAGGACCAAGAUCCCUCAUUCUUCAUCGGCAAAGGGAUUGUGGUGGGUAUUGCACGCCAAUUUGUGAGAGAUAUUGGCCAAUGGGUUAAGUGUGUAAGAAAUGUCACGCUGGACGACCAAGCUACGCAGGCCGCAGCUUGA